AUGGCGUCCGAAGGCUCGACACUCCUAAGUCCACCCGCACCGUUCCAGUACGAGGAUGGGAUCCAGCCGCACGUCGUGCUCCCGUUGCACCGCGAAUUCGGCGCCGUGAGUCUCCUCGCACUGCGUCUCUCGGUGCGCAGCCUGCCGCGGCACCUCGUCACGCUCAUUACGGCGGCGGUGCUUGGGCAUCUUGGCACGCGCGAGCUCGCCGCCGCCGCGCUGGCGCAGGCAUGGAUCGGUCUGCCGACGGCAUUUAUGACCGCGGCGAUUGCCGUCGUGACAAAGCUAUGCGCGCAGGCCAAGGGCGCGGGCUACGACGUGCUCCUCGGGACGUGGCUACAGACCUCGAUCGUCUUCGCUCUCGUGAGCGCCAUUCCCGUGAUACUGUGGCACUACUUUGUCGGCGACAUGAUUGGCCUCUCGGUCGAUGACGCGGCGACCGUGCGCCUCGGUCGCUCGUACGCCCGCGUGGCCAGCCUCGGUGUCGUGCCCGAGUACCUCUUUUGUGCACUCGCGGCCUUUUUUGACACGCACGGCGUCAUUGUCCCCACUACUGUCGCGAGUUUUGCCGCAGUCGGCGUGCAUCUUGUGGCGACGUUGCUGCUCGUGCCACGCUAUGGAGUCGCCGGCGCGGCCAUGGCCGGCGCCGUGAGCACUCUCUUUCGUCUCGCUGUCUUUGCCGCGUACACGCUGCUGUGGAAGCGGUACCACGCCAAGUUUUGGGGCGGCUGGUCGUGGGCCUGCAUCGAGCCCGACUACUUUCUCACGUUUGCCGCACUCGCCGUGCCAUCGGGCGCCGCUGCCGCCAUGGACUAUGUCCCGCUCACGCUCAUGGGCACGCUCUCGGGCUACCUCGGAUAUCCCGUCGCCGCUGCGCAAGCGAUCCUUCUCGGCCUUUUUGGGGUUAUCUCGGCCGUCAUCCACGGCGCCGCCGCCGCGACGCAAGCGCGCAUGACACGGUACCUCGGGCAAGGCUGUGCACGCAGCGCCCGGCGUGUGCUCUCGCUGGGUACUGUCGUGGUCGGCGGCGCGACGCUGGUGCUACUCAGUGUUCUUCUGCCGUUGCAGACACUUAUCAUCUCGCUCUGGACGCGUGACGUGGCGGUGCAAGCGCUUUGCGCCGACGCCUCGGACGUGUUUGUGUUUGGCGUCGCGGCGACGCUGGCCCGCGCCUUGCUCGGCGGUGCCCUCAUUGCGCUGGCCAUGGGCGACGUCGUCGCGAUCGUCUCGGUGCUCGGCCGCAUCUGCGUGCUCAUUCCGCUCUGUGUCUUUAUGCCCAUCUACCUUGCGUGGGACCUUCCCGGCUUUUGGUAUGCGAUUGGCUGUGCCGAGACCAUCCAAGCCAUCUUGCUUUGCGUCGCCAUCGCUCGCCUCAACUGGCAUCUCGCCGCGCAGCGCGUCCAGUACAUCACCCCUCCAUCGUCGUCUAGCAUGCGCCGCAUCGUGCUUGUCUAAGCCACCCCUGUUUCGAUAACAACUCUUGCAUGUCC